AUGUCUCUUCGAAUUUCUACUGCGUCUAGGAAAAUUUCUUCCUAUGACGGAGGUGCUAAGAUGGCAGGCAUUGGUGGAGGCAGUCUGUAUGGCUUUGGUGGGGGCUCUAUGACAGGGCUAGGCAGUGGCUAUGGAGGGGGUAUAUGCAGUGGCUUCGGUGGAUCUGGAUUUGGUGGCGGCGGCGGCACCGGCUACUGCGGUGCUGGCUUUGGCAGUGCCUCUGCGGCAGGUGGUGCUUACGGAGCAAACUAUCGCUCCAGCUCAUCUGCUGCCAUGAGUGGGGGCUACGGAGCUGGUGACAGUGUCUUUUUGGCUGGUGCUGAGAAGGAAACCAUGCAGAACUUAAAUAGCCGCCUGGCAAACUACCUGGAAAAGGUGCGCUCCCUGGAGGAGGCCAAUACUGAGCUUGAGCGUAAAAUUCGCCACUGGUAUGAGAAAAACGGACCUGGGGCACCUGGAGUGUCCCGUGAUUACAGCAAGUAUUUUCAUAUAAUUGACGAUCUCCGCAACCAGAUUAUGAACAUGACCACUGAGAAUGCCAAUAUAGUCUUACAGAUUGACAAUGCCAGGCUUGCUGCUGAUGAUUUCCGACUGAAAUUUGAAAAUGAGCUCUUCCUUCGCCAGAGUGUUGAAAGCGACAUCAAUGGUCUGCGCAGAGUACUUGAUGAUCUCACCAUGAAUCGCUCUGACCUAGAAGCACAGCUUGAAAGUCUCACAGAGGAACUGGCAUAUCUUAAGAAGAAUCAUGAUGAGGAAAUGACUUUACUGAGGAGCAGUUCUACAGGGGACGUCACAGUGGAAAUGAAUGCUGCUCCAGGAAUAGACUUGACUAAGCUACUAAAUGACAUGAGAGCACAAUAUGAAGACCUUGCAGAACAAAACCGUAGAGAAGCGGAAGAACAAUUCAUCAAAAUGAGCCAACCGCUGCAGCAACAGAUCCAUGAUGAUGCCGGCGCUGCAAACACAGCCAGAAAUGAAUUAAUAGAACUGAAACGAAGUCUUCAGUCCCUGGAAAUUGAAUUACAAUCCCUUUUGGCAAAGAAAGCCUCCCUGGAAGGAACCUUGGCAGAAACUGAAGGGAACUACAGCACUCAGCUUUCCCAGUUACAACUUCAAGUCAGUAGCCUAGAGGAACAGCUACAGCAGAUCAGGUCUGAAACAGAGUGCCAAAAUUCAGAGUAUCAGCAAUUGCUGGGCAUCAAGAUCAGACUGGAAAUGGAAAUUGAAACAUAUAGACGUCUGCUAGAUGGGGAAAGUCUCCGUACCGCAUACGAGACAAAAGUUCAUAUCAGAGAACCCACCAAAACCAGGGUGGUUAAAACCAUUGUGGAAGAAUUGGUGGAUGGCAAAGUCAUCUCUUCCCAAGUGAAAUCGGUUGAAGAAAAGACAGCUAAAUAA